CGCGUGAACAGUUCGCAAAUUGUGCCCGACGGCGCGUGAAAAUCGUGAAAGCACUAAGUGCAAUAUAAAUAUUUAAUUGAACGGUGAAAGCAAAACGGCUUUUGAUUUUACGAAAACGCUUAGUGGAAUUUUAACAUUUUCGUGUAUGAUGGGCGGUGAUUAUUAUUAUUAGUGUGUAAAAAGWAAUUUUUGUGAAAUUGUGCGUCAGCAAUCUUUCGGUAUCGUGUUUGGCUUUCUUUGCCAUGGUGAAUGAUACUGUCGACAUUGCCGCACAUAUUUUAGAUUUUAAUUUGGACUCUUCGACGUCAUUGCCGCAGCCGCCAAAUCAUAGCCUGCAGCAUUCUUCUAGUAAUAGUACGCUGAGAGUACCGAAAAAGCAAACGAAAGUGCACGAUCAUUUGGCCAAGCAAGAGCAGCAAGGUCAACAAAUUACAAGCAAUUUGAAUAUAUUGCCGAAUAGCGCUGAGAAUUUGAGUUGGACCUUCUUUGAACAUGUUUCCACAUUGGACAAUCAACUGCGCGGCGAUGAAGAGCUGAGCUCAACAACCACAAAUGGUUGCCACUUAAUGUCUACCUCACCCACGCAAACAUAUGAAAUACACGAAGAUGUUGACGCGAGACUGUUGAUAAGCCAUCCGGAACCAACACAAGAGACAAUCUCACGCAAUCGACAGAUUUAAUACAAAAGCAACAAAGCGACGCAGCUGCAACCGAAUUGCAAUUAGAAAGCGCGG